AUUCAAUCACACGCCCCCGGCUUAAAGAACCAGUCCUUCGAACAGUUCCGAACCAGCUGAGCCAGCUCUGAAUUUUGGCGGCAUUUUCCCGCAGUAAGGAAAGGCAAGGAGAGAUUAUGGAAAACGCACUCUUUGCCAAUGUGCAAAAGCUCUACGAUCACAGGCUUUACGAGUCCGUCAUCCCAGCGGCAAGCCUUUUGAACACAUUGCUGCAGAACGAUCGCAAUGUGGCUACGCUGGAGAUGGAAUACCAGGUAAUGCUCUACUUGGCCAAUGCCCACUACAAGGAGCGUCACUUUCGCUUGGCCUACCAGCAGCUGGAGUCUGUGCUGCACACACGCCGCACCAUGCUCCGCUAUAAGAGCGCUUGCCUGACGGCCAUCGAGAUUAUGAACAAUCAGUUCACCGACGUGGAGCUGCGCUACCGGCUGGCUGUAUGCUAUAAAGAAGUGGGGGAGCCAGGUAAGGCUAUUAGCACUCUUCUGGCAUUGUCAGCAAAAAUGCGCACGCCGCGCAUCAACAUGCUGCUGGGCCGGCUGCACCACCACGCCUCAGCGGGAAGUAAGGGCAAGGCCGACGCCGUUAUGGCCUACAAGGAUGUACUCAAGGAGUGCCCCAUGUCGCUGAAAUCCAUCGAGGCCCUGCUUGAGCUAGGCGUCGAUGGCAUCGAGGUCAAUUCGCUGGUAAUGAAUGCUGCCUCUGCUCCCCGGAACAUCGAGUGGCUGAGCACCUGGAUCAAAGCGCUGGCCCAGAUGUACGGCUGCAAGCAUCUGGAAGCGGCCAAGACCUUUCAGCAGCUAAACGAUUCCACCAGGCUCCGCAGAAACGAGCAUCUGCUAGUGGAGAUCGGGCGGUGCCUGUACUACUACGGCCACAAUAUCCAGGCAGAGCAGUUCCUAAGCACAGCGGUCAUGGCCUAUCCCUACAAUAUGGAGGCUAUCAGCCUACUGGCUGUUGUGUAUGAGCUCAACGAGCAGAGCGCCAUAGAGCAGGAAAAGCUUUUCACCCAGGUGAGCUCCGAUCGGGAGUUCAGCCCGGCCCAUUGGUUCGUCCACGGCCAGAAGAUGUACAGCGACGCCAAGUACCAGCGGGGUCUCACUUUUGUCGAGCGCUGUCUCGAUAUGGAUCCGCGUCACGUCGAGGGCCAUUUGCUGCGGGGCAAUCUUUUCAUUUCAUUGCAGCGGUACCGUGAGGCUAUCGAAGCGUUCCGCAACGCACAGGGACUGGCCCCAUAUCGCUUUGAAGUCUACAAGGGUCUGUUCCAUUGCUAUGUGGCCCAAAAGCGGUUCAAGGAGGCGCAGACCAUGUGCGUCUGGGCUAUACGCAGCUUCCGCACCUCACCGCGCAGCUACACGAUGUUUGGACGAACGCUCUUCCACUCAACCAAUCCGGCGGCCAAACGGAGUGCCAGAAAGUUUGUGGAGAAAGCGCUGAAGAUCGAUUCCAGCUACACUCCGGCCGUGGCCCUGAUGGCCGAGAUCUGCCAGUAUGAGGGCGCCACCAAGGCGGCCAUAAAACUGCUGGAGAAGCAGGUAAUCAACUAUCCGAAUCAGAAUCUCUACACCCUCUUAGGCGACAUAUUGCGUAUCGAAAAGGAGCCGAUCAAGGCUCUGGACUACUACUAUAGGGCCCUGAGCGUGGACUCCAAUUGCGUGCGGGCCAUAAAUGGAAUUAACUCUCUUAAGAUGGGAGGCUCUAUAGGAGCCAAAGGAGAAGGCACAGCCACAGAGCCAGGCAGAGGAGAUGGAAGCAAUGGAAUGGCCACGCCCACGCCUAGCGGCACCCCCCACCAGGAGUGGCAGAGCGUGAACUGCGAUGAACCCCUGGAGAUGUCUUCCGUGUCUGGAGCAACCCACGGAAAUAGCGAAGCGGCUGUCAUGUCGGAGCCCCUUUGGCAAGAUGCCGAUAUAGAGAUGCUCAACAACGAGUGAUCAAACACCUCACCCACAUCCUAAACAACUAAUUAAGCAUUUAUUUCCCGAUGUUAAUCAUUUAUUUUUGAGCUGUAAUAUUAAUUAAGAUUUAAGAAAUUGUUUCAUUGUAA